UCGACCACCGGGCGAUCGCCGCCGACCGCUUCCGUCCCGAUCGCGACCACGCUUGUCCCUCCCACGCCGUCGACGCUCGCGAACCCGAACUACACGAACGAGAAGUCGGCGUUCUUGGCCCCGUUCGAGAUGUUCUACGACGCGCUCGCGGACUCGAAGACGCUCAAGGGCUGGCUGGGCGAGCAGCUCCAGAAAAGCCACGCGCUCACCGUCUCCCUGCAGAGGCAGCAGGAGCACCUCGACGAGCUCGUCGCGGCCGCCGUCCAGCGGCAGCUCGCGCCUCUGCACGACGAGAUUGUCGGGCUGCACAGACGGAUAGAAGACCUCGAGCACGCGCUCCAGCUGCACGCCCCGUCGCAUGGGAACGCGCGCAUGUCUCUCGCAGCGGUCCCAGGGUACAGCCCGAACACGGGCCCGUCCAGCCUCAAAGGGAAGGGGAAGGCGAACGGCGUCCCCGCCUCCGGCACCCCUUCCGCGGUUGUGCCCGAGACGUACACCUUCCCGCCCGUCGAGCACUCCGCGCUGGGCCGCUCGGGCCCCCCGGAGCAGGUGCGCCGCGCGCUGUCCCCCACGCAGCUGGACCGCGACAGCGAGAGCAGGAGCUUCCCCGGCUCGCAGACCGGCUCCCCGCUGCCGUACGACAUGGGCCGCCGUCUCUCCGUGUCUGCCAUCCGCCUGGACCCGCGCAACGAGUCUGGUCAAGGCCACCGGUCCUCC